AUGAAGCAAUGGAUUUGGGGAAAGGUGAACGAGCUGGGGGAGAAAGCGGUGGAUUCUGUCGUCAACAUAGUACUCUCCCGCAAUGACAAGACCAUCUCCGACUUCAAGCAGACGCCCCUCAUCGCCGCGAUAUCGCGAAGCGUGAACUCGCAUAUCACGAUCAAGCAGGCGAACGUCGCCUCCUCAGCUGACGCUGCGGAGCCUGGACCACGCAUUGCGCUGGCGCACGUGGGACUCGUAGACUCGACGUUCCUGUGCUAUCCGACGGCCAGCACAAAUGCGGGAUCGCCGGUUGCAGGCACCGCGGGCAGGGUGCCCCGGGAGCAGCGCGGACGGAUCCACUUCGACGGACUUGGCUCGAUACCCACGCACUUGUGCCGCUACAGAGUCUCGCUCAGCUGCAACGGACGCGUGGCGCGUUCGCCGUCCGCGGAGAUGGUCGACUCGAGCGUCAACCGGGUGUGCUGGAACCACCAGGUGCUGAUGGACAUCGACGACCUCUGGGUGGACCUCAACCUCGUCGUGCAGGCGGAGAUCGACUUCAACCAGUUCAGCAAGCAGCAGUCGAAGCACAGCAGCUCGGGCGCUUCGAGCUCCUCAAAACGGUCCCCGGGUUCGCGCACGUCACGGAGCAGACAGAUCACCCGAGGAAAGGCGGUGGAGAGUGACCUCGAGGAGACGCAGAGGAUAGAGUCGAUAUACGGCAAGACCCGGUACAAGCAACGCAUCGGGCGCGCGUUGAUACCGCUGCCGCUGCUGCUGGACUCGCUGCAGCUGCGCAGGACCACAUGUCUGGCGCAGGACCAGGAGUACACCGGGAUGGGACAGAGCGAGCAAUGCGCGACCUCCACAGCGGUCGAAUAUUCCGCAGACUCCUCGCCGUCCAGCCAGAGGAGGACGUCAUUCGACGCUGCGCCGCUCGAGCAGAUUGCUCAAGGUGAGGGCACCCCCCGUGGUGCCGUGUGGUCCACGGCGAGCUCGAUAUCCAACACCGCGAACUUUGGCACUGACGCGGUCUAUGACGAGCAGGCCACGUACUACGACGCGGAGCUUGAGGACCUCAGUGGCAGCGACGAGGGCGGCCAGUCAGACGGGAAUGAUUACAACUGGUUCAACGGCCACAACGAUUGGGACGACGCCGAUGAGCAGGCGUCGAUCAUCCGGGGACCCGUGGGCGACGGCUCCUCCAGGCUGAAGGCCUACAGCAUCGGCGAAAGCUACGUCAACAUGACCUCCAUUGAGAACUCUACGUACUCCAGCGUGCGCAGCACGGCGUCGCCCAAUCACAACGACGCAUUUGCCUGGGUCAACGACUACAACGCUUCACCGGGGCAAUUGGGCCGGUGUAAUACGGCGGAGGGGGAUGUACGCCGUGACGUGGUCCCGGAGUACACGCCUGAGCGCCGGGCCUCCGUCCCCACCGGCACGUCAGGGGGCAAACAGGGCGGGGUCACUGCAUCCAUGUCGAUGACCUGCAACCGAGGGGUUGAAAACUCCAACUGGGAGCCAGCAGAUAACGCACUGCGCAGUGACAUAUACAGCUUCGGGGGGCCAAGUUACAACGUAGACUCGCAGCCCGCGUCCGCCGCUCCUAGCAGGCACAUAACGAGCUCCGAGUAUGCGUACAGUGAAGCGGGGAGCCGGUCGUGGGACCGCCAGGGAUCCGGGUCGAGCAUGAGCGAAGACGUUUUGAAGGAGUAUCGCUACUUCGCGGAUACCGAGAUGACGCUGCAGCUGAUGCCGUUCAACGAACACAAGUUCGAGGACCACAAGUUCGUGAGGCCAAUCGAGGGCUACACCAGCUACGGCAUGAAAUCGCCGACGCAGCCGCUCGGCUACAUCACGGUGCGGAUACGCAUAUAUCUCAAGCGGCGGCCACAGCUGCUGGCGCUGCGCAACUGCUUGCGCCCGCCCAGGACCUAUUGGCAGGUGCCCUCAGAGUUCGAGAUGUUCCACAUCAGCCUCAUUUGCAAGCGCGCCGCCUUCUUCAUAGACACCAAGCCGCGCUGGGUCAACCAUAUCCUACUGCCCAAGGAGCCACGCAAGCACCUGUGGUACGCGAUUGUAUUCUGGGCGUUGGUGUUUGACCUCAUGGUCUUGGCGCCCCUGCCCAGGGCGGUCGUCGAUCUGUACGCAAUGAUCGGGGUGGUAUCCUGCUUCUACUGGCGGUGCAUGAAACCGAUGCGCUACGACCUUGAGGACCAGACGUUUGCAGCAAGAGGCGCUGCCGAUAGCAAAACUACUGCUGGACGGGUGCACAGGAAGACGGGUGGUUCGUUGUACAACCUCGCGUACGACUCGAGGCAACCGUCGGCACAAGGUGAGGACGCAAUGGGGGUGUCGAUGAGGGUGCGCGAGCUCCAUAACCCGCCUUCCGUCGCGACUGCGCCAACACAAGCGGAGGCGGCCAGCCAGCCGCUGUUACAGCAGCCCAGGCGGAAAUCGCUGUGGAACUUGAGGGGCAUGGAGGAGUCGGUUUCCCGGAUGGCAACGCCGUUUGGCACCAGGCACCUGAGCCUCCAGCGCUACAAGGGGGCGCACAGAUGGGCGAUCUUCGCCGACGACCUCAGCGACACCAACCUCGAAGAACUGGUGAAGCUAGGUUUGACCUGGGCGCAACGGGUACAGGUUAUACUGGGCUACCUCAUACUGACCUUGGACAAGCUCAGGGCUUCGCUGAGUUGCACGGAUUCGCUGUCGUGUAUGAUGACGUGGGUCAUGAUCGGGCUGCUGUUCAUCCCGAUCUACGCGUUGGCGUACCUCGUCUGGCUAGUGCCCCCCGUGAUGUGGCGCCUGGCGGCCUACUGCGCCGCAGCCGGGUACUGCUGGACCUUCCACACGUCAAACCCGUUCGAUGUGUGGGCAAUUAUCCGGCGUGUGUAUGCUUGGAUUAGGUUGCGCUGGAUAGCCAAGUUCCUGGCACACUGGUACCUUCGCGCCCCGGAUUCCCGCGAAGUCGACCACCGCGCCAUCGCGAUGCUACAGUUGACCAAGCAUUAA